GAUCCGUUACAAAAUAUAGCAGCUGUACACAUUAACAGGUAUGAUAGCGAGCUGUUGUAAUCUAAUGAAGCUGUGAAGAUGGGCAAUUAAAAAAAAUGAUCUCUUGUAAAAUAUAGCAGCAGUGCGGAUGAAUGAGUAAGCACGACAGCCUUUAGAAAAAAAAGGCAGUUGUUGAGAGGCUCUAAAGAUGGCGAGUCGUUGAAAUUUAUGGCAGCUGGACAGAUGUGCUGGUAAGAUGACCCGAUGAGCGCUUUUUCAAUAAUUAGGAACUGAAAUACUGAACUUCAUUAGAAAAGCCCUUCUAUUCUGAGUUGUUAGGAGUUUACUUAACGAGAUCACGUUAAGAUGACACCUGUGACAGACAUUUUUUCAGCUAAUCAAGGUGUGUACACGCUAGACGGCGAUGCUUGAACGAAAUGUUAGGACGGGAAUGCCUGUGUUCGAUUCCCUGAUAUGAAGGAUGAUGCGUGGCCGAGGAUGGAGCCUUUACUCACGAGAGCUUUGAAUAUAUAUAGUUGUCAGUAUAUAAUAUAGGUAUAUAGCUGCGGUUCUCAUUCCUCAGGGCGGCUUUGGUGCGCCGUAGAGUGUGUGGGGGCGACCUCUGGAUUGCCCUAGCCCCGAAGCAUUAUGAAAUGCAUUUUUUACGGUCGUUUUUUCAUUUUUUUAAACUCGUGAUCAAACAGAUCUGACCCUUGAAUCUGCAAAAAAUCGAUGAUAAAUUGAGUGUUUUGUUUGGUAAUCUGGACUCGAAUUAACGCUCCCAAUGAAGUUAUUCCUAGUAUGUGAAAAUCUAAUAAAUUCUACGGUAAAAAAGGGGUAUUCGUAGUUCAUCACAUUCUUCACAACGUGUUGCAUUUUAUGACAAAAAGUAUUCGAUCAUGCAUUUAGUAGCGGAAAGAAUUUCUCUUCUCAAGGAAUUGAAAAAUUGAAUUUUUUCUUAAUUCUGGCACGACUUGGCUGUGUUUUGAAAAUAAUUUUAACUUCAUUCCUCAGAUUGAAUUUACUUCGUUCAACGAAGCGUUCACCGAGCGCUUAUCGUGGGCUAGUAUCUUCUGAGAUAUUUUUGAAACAUUCAUGACACAACCAAAAAUAAUUUUUCUGUUUUCUGGAAAACGAAAGUCAGGGAAAGAUUUCAUUUCUGAAAAAUUGCUCUCCAGAAUUUCGUCCAGAUUUCCUCCGCCAUGCGCGACAAUAAUUCGCUUAUCAGCGCCGCUGAAGCACGAAUACGCCUCUCAACACGGCCUGGACUACACUGAGCUGCUGACAGCGUCGCAGUAUAAAGAGCAGCACCGCCACGACAUGAUCAAGUGGGGCGAACAAGUGAGGGCUCGUGACCCAUCUUACUUCAUCAUCAGAGCUGUUCAUCUGGCUAAAGGUGAGAGCUUCCCGGUGUGGAUCGUGAGCGACAUGCGGCGCAGGUCUGAUCUGCAAUACUUCCGGACGAACUACCCUAACGAGUGCGUCACUGUCCGCGUGUCUGCGUCACCAGACGCACGCGUCAACAGGGGCUGGAAGUUUACCAAAGGUGUUGACGAUGCAGCGAGCGAGUGCGACUUGGACGAUGUAUGUGCCUGGGACCACGACAUUGACACGUCGCACGGCGACGAGGCGACCACGUCUGCUCUCAUUGGCCAGCUGCUACAACGAUGUCGUGACGUGGGCGUGGUCGUGACGUGAGCCAGCACGAGUUCACAAGGUCGAGUAAUGCAUCGGACGAUGUUAAGAUCGGUUGAUGGAUAAAAUUCCUGGUAUGACAUGAACCAGGAAUGAUACGCGUUACGGACGCAAGGAGUGGUCUCGGUUUAUCCUCUUAUCAUUUCGAGGCAUUCUGAUUUUUUUCUUGCACCUCUCUGGGUAAUGUAUACGUUUUUUUCGGUAUAAUUUUUUUUUCGGUACAAGUUUCUGAUAAAAUAAGUCGGUGAUAACUGAAUGCGGUUAUAUUUAGGUCUUCUGCACUUCUGGAUUAUAUAUUCAGCACUUCUGGAUUAGUUAGGUGUAUUGAAAAAAUUUUAUCGGCCUUGAUGAGCACCACCCAAAAGUUACGUCGACCAGACACACACAAAUACGAUCUUUGAUGUACUAAAAUUUAAAUUUGUUCUUGCGUAACUUUCAACUUUCUUUUAAAAUGUUUGAAAAAUCUAUUUUUUUUCACCUGAUGUUUUUAUUCGAAGAUGAUUCAUUGUAUGGCGGUUGUCAAGGUCGUUCCAGCAGAACCAAUAUCAACCUAAAGUGAAUAAAACCUUGUUGAUCA